GAAAUAAAUUUUAUAUCCGUUAGAGCCUGUUUUACGAUUUUGGGUAAUGCUAUCACUUGCUAAGAGAUGUCGGGUGGGGAGUUCAACCAACGUGGCUUUUCUGGCUUCCUUUCCAUUGGCAAAUCGCUUAGUUCGUCAUUAUUCAGGUAAAUGUGACGAUGGGAAACCUGAGUCAACAUGUGGUCUCGUAUUAAAUGAAUAUACAUGUGGCUUGAAGCCCACUGAGCCGUACACUUCCAAGAAGUACUCAGCCAAACCAAAGUUUGUUUCAAUGUGGGCAUUAAAAGACUGCGAACGUAGUCCCUGCGUUAUGGAUCUUCGUUACGACAUGAAGUAUUAUUCAAUUUCUGACAAAAAGAAGCGCAAGUACCAGGUGACUUGGAACGAAUGUCCGCGUUUGCUUAUCAAACCAAAAAAAGUUUGUCUCUAUGAAAAAAUAAAGCAUCCCAAGAUUGAGCGUCGCGUCCGACCGUCAUUGUCUGGGCGUAGACCUCUAGUACCUAAGACGGUAACCGCGCUGCCAAAGACUGCGUGCGUAUAUGUCAAGUCUGUUUGCUGCAAGACUGGUCGCUUGCCACCCACAUGUAAAACCAUAGCCUCCAGCCCGGGUAAAUGUGAAAAGCGCAAAGCGCCUUAUCCUAGCUAUUCAGAAUGUCUAAAGGAUCCAACAAUACCACCGCCGCCAGUGGAGUGUAAUUGCAUUAGUAAUGUAUACACCUGUGACGCGUGGGCUACUCUGCGUCGUCGGCUGCUUUUAGGAAAACCACCAGCAAAAGUAUGCGGAGAAGCUUAAGCAGACAGUUCUCAUAGAUAAUAGAGGGUACUAAAAAUCGUAUCCUGAAGAAGCGCAAGCCUUGUCACACAUUUCAUAAAUUACCAAAAUGCUUUUUUACAAAUUUUAUACUUUUUUAUUAAAGAAAUUCAUUCAUUUAAAA